UAUACAUCAGCACCCUAAGAACAUAAAAAAAUCAAAAAAGUAAUUUUUUCUUAGCACUGAGCAAUAACUAUGACAUAUAACUUUAUUUUCUUGCGCUGAAUUACUGAAUUUGUAUAAUUUGUAUUUCUAGUAAACAGUCAAUAUAAGAAUAAAAAUUCUAACCAAAGAGAAGUAGUAUGUAAUUGGUUGUUUAAUUAAAAAGUAUUUUGAUUAAAACAGAAAAGAGUGAUCAAUAAAACACAAUGGCAGCGAUUAUUUCCAUCUGAUAAUAAGCCAUGCUCAAAGGAGUUUGAUGUACCUCUCUUGGCUGUACUAAUACAAUAUUGUACAACAUUACCACCGCGGCUGGGAGCGCCCAGACCCCACUGAUGUUACUAGCAAGGCACAUUAUGUGUUGUUGGCAUGUGCUUUCAGAAAUUUCUUAUGCCAUUAUGGUAAUCCAUCAGCAAUGCUUUUACCUGAGUUUUCGAAUAAAUGGGAUGAAAUGGAAGAUAUUAUAAACGCCUUAAAAUAUUAUGUAAACACAUAUAAUUUGAAAAUUGGAAGUUUGGACCCACAUUGCAGUACCAUGUUGAAUUAUUUGCAAUCAAAGUUGGAUAACCUACAGAGUGAAAAUAAAAUAAAUGCUUUAAAUAGGCACAGGGAGAUUAAAACACUAAAAGCAGAUAUUAAACUAUUGAAAGUUGUUGUGAAAAAUGUUAAAACUGAGGCAGAAAACAGACAGAAAAGAAUUUUUGAGGAGCUACAUCACUAUGAAAAGACAACAGGCAGAUGUAAUUUGUACACUUUAAAAGCAAAGCUACAAGUUGGUGUUUGUUCACAAUUAAAUGGUGCAUAUUGGGAUGCAAUGGAGUUGUUUCAGGAAGUUCUUGAGCAGCAAAAGGCUGUAUAUGGUGGAUCACACAGUAAAACAUUAAAAACACAGCAAAUUAUUGGAGAGUGUUUAAUACAUCAAGGAAAUUAUUUUGAAGCCUUUUGUAUGUUGUAUGAAACCUAUGAAGCGCAACUGGAACUAUUUGGUUUAUUACAUUCUGAUGUUCUUACAACAAUGAAUUUCAUUGGUGUAAGUUUACGAAAACAGGGAAGGUAUUGUGAUGUGGAUAAUAAAGACCAACUCCAGCUUAAUAGCCAACUUUUGUCUGACACAAACUAUACAGAUAUAGAAAACUAUACCAAUGCCAUGAGCAUUUUUAUUGAUGUGUACAAUCUUCGCAAAGAAUUGUUAGGUGAAAGACACCCUGACACUUUGAUAACAAAAAGAAACAUUGGUAUAUAG